GGGAUGGCAGAGCGAGAGAGAGAGAGAGAGAGAGCGGCUGCAGCGCAAACCCAGCUGAGCCACGCCGGUGCAGCCUCCUCCUUGCAGCCCAGAGUGUCCUAAAAUUGCCAUUUCAGCACUUCCAGAUAAACCACCGGAACAAGACACGUGUGCCUGGAGCUUCCAAUCUGAUGGCCGUAAACUGUGAAGUGAACCUGGGUUGGUGUCCCCAGCCCUCAAGAGACGCUCCAAAUUUCGACUGACACAGCUGAAUUAGGAUUUUGGCAGUUGCAACCAGAUCCCUUGAAGCAAUCGGAAGUGGAAUGGAAUCCCUGAGCGCUCACCACUGGAAUGAGACUUUAUCCUUCUACCAGUACUUUGGCUUUCAAGUGCAAAAGAUUUACCCUUUCCAUGACAAUUGGAACACUGCAUGCUUUGUCAUUCUGCUCCUGUUUAUAUUGACAGUCGUGUCCCUAGUGGUGCUGGCUUUCCUAUACGAGUUGCUUGACUGCUGCUGCUGCGUGAAAAACAAAACCGUCAAAGACUUGGAAGACGAGCCUGGCCCCCUCCGAACCAUGAUGGGCAGCAUUCGGAAACGUGAAACCGAAGUGGUGUAGCCAAGCUCUAGUCCAGCGUUUCAGACUCUUCCUGACCUCACUUGACCUAGGCACGCCACGACUUCCCGAAGCUUACUUAAACUGGAUGAAGGAACAGUGAUUCCAAAUUGUCGGAAGGUGAACUGGAAUGUUUUGAAUCAGCCAAUAAUGUGCAAGGAGAGGAGCUGGGGGCGGGGGAGGCUGAGAGGAGGCUGGGGAGUUCCAUUCUUUUGCCUCUAUAUUAUCCAGGGUGGAAUUUGAAAAUUAUGAAGAGUUUACGGAACUGAAGUCUCAAAAACUGGAUGAAGAUUUUUGGGCCAUAACGGUGAAUAGCCAAGGACUGAAAUACCUAAGACUAACUACUGCUAUAGACUUUUGCACUUAACAUACCCAUAUGGAUUAUAAAAUGGAACUGCCCAUCAGCAAGAGAUGGUAUCAAUAGACUCAUGAAUCUUCAAAAUAAAAUAGCUUCCCCUUCUAAUGCAAACUGAAUAAUCAGCCAGUAUUCCCUAUUUUUUAAGCAAGAUGAUGGUUUAAAUUUUAUUGUCUAAGCUUGGCAAAAACACUGUAAUGGUCUUAUGUUUUAUUCAAAAAUAAGUGCAAGACACCUUAGCAACUGUUAUGAUUUUUGAGAUAUGAAAUAAGUUUUAGCAGCUUCCACGAGUAAUUUUCCUGAGAGCAUAAAAUACUUAGCAAAGCGG